AUACGGUACUAAUAUAUAAAACUAUGUGGACCAAUGAGGUGUGAAGACUUUUUUUUUUUUGGUGAGUAGUGAGGUGUGAAGACUACUACCUAAAAUAAUCAAUGCCGGAAACAGAUAAUUAAGCAGACUUUGCUAGGAUCCCACAGAUCCGACAGGAGAAAGAUGGAGCUCUGUAUCGGGGAGCAGAUCAAAGCUCAACCCUUUUGGGUGUUGGUGGCAUUGAUUCUGGGUUUCCUCCUGGUGCUUAACUCCGCCUUAGCUUCCCUCAGAUGGGUUUACGUCUACUUCGUGAGACCUGCAAAGGAUCUCAAGAAAUACGGUUCAUGGGCACUAGUGACGGGACCCACCGACGGUAUCGGAAAGAGCUUGGCCUUCGAGCUAGCCGGGAAGUACCUUAAUUUGGUGUUGGUGGGCCGCAAUCUUGAGAAGCUCAACGACGUGUCGGAUGCGAUUAAGGCCAGAUACGGUGGAACCCAGAUCAGGAAUGUCGUCGUUGAUUUGGCCGGUGACCUCUCGGAGGGUAUCGAACGGAUCGGGGAAGCCAUCGAAGGGUUGGAUGUCGGUGUUCUGGUGAACUGCGCAGGGGUUUCUUACCCUUACGCGAGGUUCUUCCAUGAAGUGGAUGAAGAAAUGCUUAAGGACGUGAUUCAGGUAAACGUGGAAGCGAUUAAUAGGGUAACAAACGCUGUACUUCCUGGGAUGCUUGGGAGGAAGAGAGGUGCCAUUGUGAAUAUAGGGUCGGGUUCUGUCACUGCUACACCUUCGUUUCCGCUUGUUUCUGUUUAUGCUGCCACCAAAGCAUACGUCCAUGAAUUGUCGAGAAACCUUCAUGUGGAGUGCAAAUUGAAUGGGAUUGAUGUGCAAUGCCAGGUUCCUUUACACGUGGCAACUAAGAUGUCAAGGAUAGAGAAAUCUUCCUUGUUCACACCAUCACCCGAGGAGUAUAGUAAGGCAAGCAUACGAUGGAUUGGGUAUGAUCAUACAUGUGUACCUUAUUGGCCACAUUCUAUACAGACUACUCUAUUACGUGCGUUACCUCAGGACUUAGUUGAUUGGUUUCUUUUUCGGUACUUUCUCGAUAUACGUAACGAGGGACAAAUUCAGGAUUUCUUGAAGAACAGCAAGAACAAGGGCUAUAUACGAGGAUAG